UAAGUAAGCUCAAAGAGGCAUGUUUGCUUGGUAAUGCGCAGAAGAUAAGCUUGGCAAACCUCUAGCUGAUUGAGGAAGCCAGUUUGAGAUUCAGCCUAGUUCAGGCAAACGACUGGCACCUACUAUUGUCAAAGCUGAACAAGAUGGUAUUCACAUAUUGGAAGGUUUUUCUGAUCCUCAACUGCCUUACAGGUCAAGUUAGUGUUGUGCAAGUGACCAUCCCAGAUAGUUUCGUGAAUGUGACUGUUGGGUCUGAUGUCACUCUCGUCUGCAUGUUCACCACCACUGUGGCCUCCCGGAACCAGCUUUCCAUCCAGUGGUCUUUUCUCCAUAAACAGGAGGUGGAGCCAAUUUCUCACAGCCCGUGCCUCAAUACUGAGGGUAUGGAGGAAAAGACAGUCAGUGAGUGUCUAAAAAUGACGCAUGCAAGAGAUGCUCGGGGAAGAUGUAGCUGGACCUCUCAGAUUUACUAUUCUGAAGGUGGAGAAGCUUCAGGCAUUGGACAAUUCAAAGGUCGAGUUAUAGGGUCCACCAAUCCAGGUAAUGCGUCUAUAACUAUAUCACACAUGCAACCAGCUGACAGUGGAAUUUACAUCUGCGACGUUAACAACCCCCCAGAUUUUGUUGGCAAAAACCAAGGCAUCAUCACCGUCACCGUGUUAGUCAAACCUUCUAAGCCUUUUUGUAGCCUCCAAGGAAGUCCAGAAACAGGCCAUACUAUUUCUCUUUCUUGCCUCUCUGCAAUUGGAACACCAUCUCCUGUGUACUAUUGGUAUAAACUUGAGGGAAGAAACACUGUGCCAGUGAAAGAAAGCUUCAAUCCAGUCACUGGGAUUUUGGUUAUUGGAAAUCUGACAAAUUUUGAAGAAGGGUAUUACCAAUGUACUGCCAUCAACAAACUUGGCAAUAGUUCCUGUGAAAUUGAUCUAACCUCUUCAUAUCCAGAAGCUGGGAUCAUCAUUGGGGCCUUAGUUGGCAUCCUGCUAGGCGCUGCCAUCAUCAUUGCUGUGGUGUACUUUGCUAGAACCAAGGCAAAGGAAAAGAAGAGGCAUUCUAAAUCCACCACAGAGCUUGAACCAAUGACAAAGACAAGCCAAGUGAGAGAAACUGAAACAAUGCCAGCUGAAGACACCACCCAGCUGGAAGCAACACUGCCAUCCUCCAUUCAUGAAAAUGAGCCCGCUGCCACCUCGGGGCCAGACCAUGAGCCUUUUCCACAACCAGACUCUUCCGCAGCACCUGUGCGUGUGCCUGAACUUAAGAUAGAGCUGCAGCCACAGCCAGUGCCAGAGCCGGAGCCAGAGGUGGAACAAGAGCCUGUGGCAGUAGUUGAGCCCCAGUGUGAUGAGGAAAAGGGUGUGGUUAAGACAUAGACUACACCUCUAAGUACAGCAUUCAUCACUAAGGAACCUGUUACUAGCAUUUGAAAUUCAGUUGACCUAACCAAUCCCCACCUUCUCUCUACAUUCAGACCAACUCUCUUCCAACAUAGUGCUCAUUCUUACCAUCAAUCCCAAUAAACGGAUCAAGUUAACUGCUAAAUAAA